GCCCAGUGCUCAGAGCCGCUUUCGCUGCCACCUUCUGAUACCCGGGGCCGCCACCACGUCCCCGAGGCUGGGGGCUUUACCCGCUGGUCCGGAGACGCUCGCCUUGAGCCCGGAGGAGGAGUUCGAGCAGGAUGCCUGGGCCCGUCCCGCGCGGCCCUGGGUGAGGCAGUCCGCGUGCCCGCCGGCGCCAUGGGAAGGAGCGGGCGCCGCUGCUGCCCCUCGCCGGCGCGCGCACGACUUGAGCCCGGCCACGGGCAGCCGCCGGCCACGGACCCCCAAAUGACGUUGGCGGCAUCUGGGAGCGUGGCACGGACCCGGGGCCACGCAGAGGAGCACAGUGUCCAGUGAAGCAUCCGAAGACCCAUCGCCCUAGCCGCCGCCAUGGUUAUGUCCCAGGGCACCUAUACGUUCCUCACGUGCUUUGCCGGCUUCUGGCUAAUUUGGGGGCUCAUCGUUCUGCUCUGCUGCUUCUGCAGCUUUCUGCGCCGCCGCCUCAAACGGCGUCAGGAGGAGCGACUGCGUGAGCAGAACCUGCGCGCCCUAGAGCUGGAGCCCCUCGAGCUGGAGGGCAGCCUGGCCGGGAGUCCUCCGGGCCUGGCACCACCUCCACCACCGCACCGUGGCCGCCUGGAGGCGCCGGCACAUCCGCACGCCCACGCGCACCCACAUCACCAUGCGCUUCCGCACCCGCCGCCACCGCACCUCUCAGUGCCGCCGCGGCCCUGGAGCUACCCGCGCCAAACCGAAUCCGACAUGUCUAAGCCACCGUGCUACGAAGAGGCGGUGCUAAUGGCCGAGCCGCCACCGCCCUACAGCGAGGUGCUCACAGACACUCGCGGCCUCUACCGAAAGAUCGUUACUCCCUUUCUGAGCCGCCGCGACAGCGCGGAGAAACAGGAGCAGCCACCACCCAGUUACAAGCCUCUCUUCCUAGACCGGGGCUACACUUCAGCGCUGCACUUGCCCAGCGCUCCUCGGCCGGCGCCGCCCUGCCCUGCACUCUGCCUGCAGGCUGACCGCGGCCGCCGGGUAUUCCCCAGCUGGACCGACUCGGAGCUCAGCAGCCGCGAGCCCCUGGAGCAUGGAGCUUGGCGCCUGCCGGUCUCCAUCCCCUUGUUCGGGAGGACUACAGCCGUUUAGCGGGGCGCCCGGCGUCCCAGCCCCACCCGCAGACUCCUGGCCCAACUGCGGGGCUUUUUAAAUGCUUCCCUUGGACUGGGGUGGGGUGGGGUGGGUUGGGGUGGGGGGGCGGGAUUUCUUACCCUGUUUGUUACAUUUUGAGGAUAAUAAAGGUGUGUGAUCUGCUUUGGUA